GAGAGAGAGAGAGAGAGAGAGAGAGAGAGAGAGAAACCCUAGGAGAGAUGGGGAUGGAGAUCAUGGAGCCGAACACAUGCGUCCGCGGCUGCUGCACAAGCGGCACCGUCCCCCUCCACAUCCCCGCGUCGUCCUUCUCCCUCCUCUCCCCCAUCGCUCGAGGGUCGGAGAGCACCGUGUACGACGCGAGGGUCAAUGGCGAGAGGGUCGCCGCGAAGAAGCCCGUGCUCUCCACCUCCGACGACCUCGACAAGUUCCAUUACCAGCUCCAGCUCCUAUGUGAAUUGGAUCACCCGCGGCUGGCCAAGCUGGUGGCUGCGCAUGCGAGGCCGCCUAAUUACAUGUUCUUCUUUGAGUUCUACGAGUCGCGGAACCUGGCAGAGAAGUUGCAUGUUGAGGAGUGGAGCCCCUCGAUUGAACAGGUGGUUCGCAUUGCAUGUGAUCUUGCAAAAGCUCUUCAGUACUUGCACAACAUUGGGAUUGUACAUAGAGACGUAAAACCAGCAAAUGUUCUGCUUGACAAAACUCUUCAUGCACACCUAGCUGAUUUUGGUUUGGCUACAUACAAGAAGGAUCUUAAACGUGUUUCGGCAGAAAACUGGAAAUCAACUGGCAAGCCUACUGGCGGUUUCCAUAAAAGGAAUAUGGUAGGGACACUAAUUUAUAUGGCACCAGAAAUUUUGAGGAAGGAUAUACACACUGAAAAGUCGGAUGUAUAUAGUUUUGCAAUAUCUAUCAAUGAGCUUCUAACCGGUGUUGUGCCUUACACAGAUCUACGAGCGGAAGCCCAGGCACACACUGUGCUUGAAAUGACCUACACUGAGCAGCAACUCACUGCAGCAGUGGUUUCUGAAGGACUUCGGCCUGUUCUUGCUCAUCCUGACUCUGGCGCACCUCCAAGCCUUCUAUCACUUAUUCGGAAGUGUUGGGACCCAAAUCCUCUCUCUAGACCCUCAUUUGAAGAGAUAGUCAACGAGUUAAAUAUUAUUUCAAAGCAAGUGAAGAAAGAUUCUACGCUGUCGUUAUCUUCUUCAUUGGAUAAUUUUGAAACUGGAAAAACAGACCCCCUCCAUUAUCAGGAAAGCUUAAACUGGUUCAGACAAGGGGAACAGCUAGCCAGAAAAGCAAACUCGGAUAGCUCAAAUAUGACGCUUUGGCCUAGUUCUUUCACGGACUCGUCAAAUUAUUUUCCAACUUUGUCUUGGGGAUCUUUUGCUACAUGCGGUAGAAGGGAGACAAUGGAAGAUACUCAUUUUAUGCUUCCACAAAUGUGCGAUAAGAAGGAUGUGCAUGCUUUUGGAAUUUUUGAUGGUCACAGAGGGGCAGCAGCUGCUGAGUUUUCUGUUCGAGCACUUCCUGCAUUCUUGCAGAACUCUGGUUACACUUGCAGUCCAGCGGAAGCACUUACUGAAGCAUUCGUGAAGACAGAUAUGGCAUUCAGAGAUGAGUUACUUCUUCAUCGUAAGUCCAAAAAAAUAAUCCAAAAAGAUUGGCAUCCCGGCUGCACGGCAGUUACUGCAUUGAUUGUGAGGAACAAGCUUUUCGUUGCAAAUGCCGGCGAUUGCCGCACAAUUUUAAGCCGUGCAGGAAAACCAUUUGCCAUGAGUAAGGACCAUGUUGCAAGUUGUCCUGAUGAAAGAGCACGUGUCGUCAACGACGGCAUUGAAGUGAAAUGGCAAGUAGAUACAUGGCGGGUUGGUCCGGCUGCUCUCCAGGUCACACGGUCCAUUGGUGAUGAUGAUCUAAAGCCUGCAGUUACAGCACGACCGGAGAUCACUGAGACUUCUUUGUCAGCAGACGACGAAUUCUUGGUGAUGGCUAGCGAUGGAUUGUGGGACGUGUUAAGCAACGAGGACGUGCUAUCGAUCAUCAAAGACACCGUGAAGGAGCCCGGGAUGUGCUCAAAGAGGCUCGCCACCGAGGCUGCGGAGCGCGGCAGCAAAGAUAACAUCACUGUCAUCGUCGUCUUCCUUCGCCCCGUCUCUACCGCCGAGAGAAUUUAUUAACUUCGAACGACAACAUAUAACGGAAUUUGGCAUUCGCGAGUUUGUUGUCCGAAACAUAUAGAGUGGAUAGGAUCAGCAGCUUAUAUUUAUUCACACCAUUCAUUUCAUUUCUCCAUUUUUACUACCAAAUUCUAUUUUGUGGUACACAAAAGUUGUAACAAAGCUUUAUAUGAUGCUUUAUUUAAAUAGCUAAUAAUGUGGAUUUGAUACAAUUUCUACAAUUUGCUUCUUAAAAAAGGCUUUUGAGCUUUUUUAUACA